ACGGACUCGGCGUGUGUAAUGUCAAUGCUAGUCACCUCAUAAACGAGCCAAAGGAUUGGGUAGCGCUGUUGUGACAUAAAAAGUCUGACUCUGAAGACUAGCUUGAACUAGGAAGGCAGGGUCUAAGAUAGAAAUAACGAUAAGAGUGGACCAUAAUUUAUGAAGUUGUGUGAAUGUGAAUAACAAAUAUGGCACAGAUAGAACAGUCAGUUUGUCAGCUUCAGUUCCAUGAAGACUGGAUGGAGAAACGUCCACCAAGACUCAAGCUGACCUCAAAUCUACGAACAAAUCUGUGCUACACAGUUAGUAAACUGUCACUGGCAAUUCCAUGGGAUCUGUGCAGUCAAGAGCUAUUUGGUCGAUCACAAUGAUAUACUUGCCGUUUUGAUGUAUUCACACUCUUUAACAUCAUCCUCUGGGGCUGUGUGAUUCUGACGACUCUCUUGGAGACUGGAAACGAAAGCUUGUGAUGAAAUAAACUGAUCAUCUCCCUCCUACAAUCCUUGACUCCAACCAUGACCGACUUAAGACGAUUUAUGUGUCAAGACACGAACUAUAGUGGCUGGUUAAUGAACCGGUCCUCACAUGGACUCAAUAUCUUCCGUCACUGGCAUCGGAGUUGGUUCAUCUUAGCUGAUGGCCACCUUCAUUACUUCAAACACCAGGGCAGUAUACCGCUGCAUGGCUGCCGGCUGACCUCACGGACGAGUAACAAUGGAGAUAAUGAGCCGCUCGGAUACGUACUAGAAAUACAUCCAGAACGCAAAGCUCCAACCAAAAGAGGAACACCAAAUGAAAAACAUAAUUCAGAUUCCAAGAAAGGUGGUAGUCACGGCUCACCGUCAAAACCCUUCUUGGUGUGUUCCUCGACGCUGAUGGAACUAGAGCACUGGCAGAGAGAGAUACGAAGAGUCCGAGGAGGUGUUUUCGGCCAGAGUUUAGAAGACACCAUUAUUAAUGAGAGUGACUCCUGUACAAAGGUCAUCCCGACGGUUGUAGAGCUGUGUGUCAAUUACAUUAGGAAUAACGGACUGAGAGAGGAAGGCAUCUUCAGAUUGAACGGACGCAGUUGUCUGGUGCAAGAGCUUCAAGAUGCUUUUGACAAAGGGGAAAGACCCAGCUUUGACGAGGCAAACGCAGGGAUCCACACCAUUGCCUCACUGCUGAAGCGUUACUUCCAGCUUCUCCCGGAGCCUAUCAUCCCAUGGCGCCAUUGUAAAUAUUUCAUCCCCGUCAUGCAGUACCUCCAAGAGAACGAAGAUGAAGGUCGACACAAGCUGAUCAUCCAGCUGGCCCUCCUUCCCCGCAUAAACUACAACCUUCUUAAGUAUCUCUGUCAGUUCCUGCACGACGUCCAUCGCCAGGAGGCCUUCAAUAAGAUGGGACUUGGUAACCUAGCUAAUAUCUUCGCUCCGCAUAUCUUACGGCCGAAGCACGCCCAAGGGGCCUUCUUGCUCGGAAGCACAGCUCUCAGCUUAAGACUCGUGCACUACCUGAUCAACCAUCAGGACAAGUUGUUCCCACCGACGAGUGAUAUACUGAUGGACUAUGAGGUCAUUGAAGCCCCACCUUCUUCGGCAUCGCCGAUGUCUAGCUUCGACUCGACAGGGAGCUUGUAUGAGAGGGCGAGCUCCUGUGAGUACGAAGUCGAGAUCAUUCCAAGAUUUCAGGAAAAUGGGAAGGAUUGGCGAGGAGGUGACGGGCAGGAGAAGAAACACAGCAGGAUUCAGAAGACAGAGAGCUGUAAUUACGAGUUGGAACUCUUUGGGGAGGAGUACGGCACCCCGGCAGAUGUGAACAGUAUCUAUGAGAACUUAGAUCUCUCCAGUGGACCCUCAUUAAUUGAAUCCCUGAAGAAUCGCAUCUCGGAAAUGCCGAAUAAACCGCCCUCGCAGAAUGAGCAGAAAGCAAAGCGGUACGGCGUGUCAUAUCGUGAUCCCGCUUCGUUCGGCGUUAUUGCAAACGGACCGCGACGUCACUCCAGCGAUAACCCCCACAGCGGUAAGGUGAAUGGGUCGGACGGACCGAUGUUGCGUGGAAAGAAACAUAAGUUUCAGAAUGGAGACGUUCACAGCCAGGUGCAGUCCACCUAUCAGAAUGUGAAAUCCUUAGCGAUUGCCAUCAAGGAGCAAUCACCAGACACCUGUAAUGGGGCCAACGCCUACCAGAACCCAAACCCACUUCAUACUGCUUUGAUUCGGGACCUUAAAGCGGCUACCACAAGCGAGGAUGACUAUCUCCAGCCGAUAUUCGUCAAGCAAUCUACAAGGACCAAUGGGGAGGCCCUAAAACCCCCGCCCAAGACCGCUGUCAAGACGGUCUUUAACAGUGACACAACGAAACCUAGACAAAACCAGGUGCAACGAUCAGGCACCAACGAGAUGAACGGUAAGCCCUCUACGAGUGCAAAACCUAUACCAAGUGGGGAUACAAUGGCGCCCUCGCAAGGGUUGAGAGCACGGUUACGACAGAAAGAGGAAGAGAUUGGUAGACAGCAGAAAACAUUGGAUAAAAUCAAGAAAGAGCGGGAAUCACUAAGAGUCAAGUUGUGCGCUGAGGAGGCAGCCCGUAACUCAACAGAGGAGCGGAAUCGUCAGUUGCAGCUGGAGAUUGACAGCCUCAAGAGACGUCUUGGGAUCAGAUGAGGCUCCUCAGCAGCAUCAUCGUCUCAUUCUCAUCAUCUUCAGAAAUACUCAUCACCUCUCAAGUUCUUGUAAGAAAAACUUCUUUACUUAAGGGAAGGUAAAAAUUUGGUAAUCACUCUUAAAGUUAAUGGCGAGAAAAACAUUUGGUUUAUACAAGCCAAAAUUAUAAUUUCAGAAUUGCACUAUAUGAGAGCCAAUAUUACUAUUCGUAAACUGUAACUUAAGUAGGAUUUGAAGGUUUUUGGUUAAACCAUGUGGAAAUCUUUGUUUGAGUAGUGUUUUUUCUGAAAAGAACAGGUGG